AUGGGCGGCCGGCAAGACUUUGCGACGCUUAAGCUGGAGUCUGCAAAUCUUGGGAGGCUGCAGAAAACUGGGGAGAGAAAGUUUUGCCUAGAGAAAAAUCUGCAGAAAAAUUGGGUACAGACCCGCCUUUCUCCACGAGUUGGGGAGCUGCAGAAAAGUGGGCUGCCGAAAAAUCGGGCGAAGCUGCGGAAGCGAAAGCGCGAGGAUGCCAGGGCGGCGCUCGACGGCUACUCUGUCCUGUCCACCGGAUCGCGCCUCGAGAUCUUCUGCGACAGUGAGCGGUGGUACCCUGCGACCGUCAUGGCGCGGGAGGAGGACGGGGACGGACGGAUCGUGCACGAGGUCGAGUACGACGGCUACUCGGGUCGGCGGUGGUGGCACAUGCUGGACGACGAGCGGUGGCGCGCCGUCCCAGAGCAGGCAGCGUGCGUGUGGUUGUUAGAGCUGUUUAACAUUAACUUUGGGCCUAACAGUUGCGCUAGUGUUGGCUGA